UGCUGGGUUGUUUACAUUACUGGCACACGGGUCAGGAGUGUGGUGAUGAGAGGGGCCUAGCUAGUGGAGAGGAGACUAUCUGAAAACACGUACACACAUCCCGACUGGGGCUCUACCACAGCACAGACUCCCUCUCUUUCUCUGUCUCUCUCGCCGUGGAAACAUUUUAACACUCGGGAAACAGUGCCACGCAAGACGAAAGGCCCGUAGAGUCAACUUUUUUUUUUUUUUUACCCGGAGCGACCUUGGACAGAAAGGGAAAGUCAAAACAAAGACAACCGCCAUAACCAUCAGAAGAAAGUCUCGACGUAGAGAAGGAAUAGCUUAGCAACAGACUCCCACUUCCUGAUGCAUCUGUAGAUAUCCACCAGACAUUACUGUGAGAGAGGUGCAAAGGAUCAAGCGCCUAACACCAUGGAUAUGGACACGCAGCCACAGGGACAGCAAGCAGCCGUGCCCGUCUUUCAACCUCAGAAACCAUUGCAACCAGACAUGGGUCAUAACUCGCUGGCAAACUUCCAGAUUGAGAAGAAGAUUGGACGUGGACAGUUCAGUGAGGUGUACCGAGCCAGGUACCUGUUAGACAACACGUCAGUGGCUCUGAAGAAAGUCCAGCUGCAGAUCCAAACAGCUGAUCAAGAGAUACCAGUGGUUGUGGCAGAAGAACACAUAGCCAAAGCCUGCAUUGCAAAUAAACAGGGCCAAACACAGAGGCUCCAGAUAUUCGACUUGAUGGAUGCCAAAGCUCGGCAAGAUUGCAUCAAAGAGAUAGAUCUCCUUAAGCAAUUGAACCACCCCAAUGUGAUAAAAUACCACGCGUCUUUUAUUGAGGACAAUGAGCUGAACAUUGUACUGGAGCUGGCAGAUGCAGGGGACCUUUCACGUAUGAUCAAGCACUUUAAGAAGCAGAGGAGGCUCAUCCCAGAGAGAACAGUGUGGAAGUACUUUGUCCAGCUCUGCAGCGCGCUCGAACAUAUGCACUCCCGGAGAGUCAUGCACAGAGAUAUCAAGCCAGCCAACGUUUUCAUCACAGCGACAGGAGUAGUGAAACUAGGAGACUUGGGACUGGGGCGAUUCUUCAGCUCUAAAACGACCGCAGCUCACUCACUAGUGGGUACUCCUUACUACAUGUCACCAGAGAGGAUACAUGAAAACGGAUACAACUUCAAAUCUGACAUCUGGUCGCUAGGAUGCCUGCUCUACGAGAUGGCAGCCUUACAGAGCCCGUUCUAUGGGGAUAAGAUGAAUCUUUAUUCCCUUUGUAAGAAGAUAGAACAGUGCGACUACCCCCCUCUUCCUUCAGAUCACUACUCAGAGGAGCUGAGGAACUUGGUAGAUAUGUGCAUCAACCCCGACCCGGAGAAGAGGCCGGACAUCACCUACGUGUACGACAUUGCCAAACACAUGCAGAACCUGACACAGGGCAGCUAAGCCUGGAGUUACACACACUUUAGCUUUCAGAACUCCACCCCACUCCCCUCCACUUUGCUUUUGAUGCUGGACUCGAACACAUUUAUCCGAUUUUUAUACGAUUACCAACUCCAGAGUUUAGCUCCCCGUGUUAAGCAGACCAUGUGACCAGUUUGGACUUUCAAGGUGAUGGUACUGUCUGUAAUGAGAUGUAAACACCAAACCUUAUCUGCCCUAGGAUAAUGAUUAAAGAGAUUUUACUGUUUGUCAGACAGACCUCCCAUUCAUUAGUAUUUUGUUACAGCACUGAAAAUCUAUGAACUUUAAUGCAAGCCGCUUUCACACAUGCACUCCUGAAAAUUUCUAAAAAAUAAUCCAAAUCUGCCUGAGUUGCCCUUUCACACAUGUCCCUCACAGCAGAAGAUUUUCUACAAGGAGGGCAUCUCAGAAGGCAAAAAUGACAAAAUAUUAUGCUGCAGAAGUCAAAGUGUAAUGUUUACAUCUAAGUGGCUGAGGUAUGAGAGUGUGACAGUAGGAAGACAGGUCUUAGCUUUGUAUGAGCGCUACAUGUAGUUCACAGUGUCUACAAAACAGAGGAGAAGAACAUAAUGGUGAGCAGACAUUUUUAUGUGCAAGAGGAUCAACCUGUCUGUGCUGGGCUUAGAGGAUUUAAAAAUCCUAAAUGUUGAGGAAAUCAUUCAAGGAGACUGUCUGGAAAAAUUCUGGGAAAAGUCGGGGGUAAUUCACAUACGCUAUAUGGACAAAAGUAUUUGGCCACACCUGUUAAUUAUUCAUUUCAGGUGUUUCAAUCAGACUUGUUGCCACAGGUGUAUAAAAUCAAGCAACUAGUCAUGCUGUCUUCAUUUGCAAACAUCUGUGAUAUUAGAUAGGUCAUUCUGAAGAGCUCAGUGAAUUCAGUGUAGUACUGUGAUGGGUGCCACCUUUGCAAUUUAUCCCUACUUGAUAUUCCACAGUCGCUUGUAAGUUAUGUUAUUAGAAAGUGGAAGCAUUUAGGAACAACAGCAACUCAGCCAUGAAGCAGAAGACCAUGUAAAAUCACAUAAAAUCAUCAUACUAGCCAACAACAGCUAAGGCCCAUGGUGCGUUAAAGUUGCCAACACUCUACUGAUUUCAUAGCUGAAGAGUUCUGAACUUCUACUGGCAUUAACGUAAGCACAAACACUGUGCAGCGGGAACUUCAUGGAAUGGGUUUCCCUGGCCGAGCAGCUGCAUGUAAGCCUCACAUCACCAAGUCUAAUGCCAAUUGUCAGAUGGAGUGAUGUAAAGGACACUGAUACUGGACUGUGGAGCAGUUGAAUCAUGCUUCUCUGUUUGGCAGUCAGAUGUGUGCAACUGGGUUUGGCACAUGCCAGUGGAAUGUUACCUGCCUGACUGCUUUGUCCCAACUGUAAAGUUGGGUGGAGGAGGGAUAAUGGAGCCGUUUUUUAGGGUUUGGGCUAAGACCCUUAUCUCCAGUGUAGGGCACUGACUGACAACAUGACUGUGCCCCAGGGCAAAAAGCAAGGACUAUAAGCACAUAGUUUGAUGAGUUCGGGGAGGGAGAACUUGACUAGCCUGCACAGAGUCCUGACUUCAACCCUACUGAGCACCUUUGGGAUGAACAGAGAUUGUGAACCAGGCCUUUUUGUCCAACAUCAAGGCCUAACCUUAUUAAUACUCUACCAAAUAUAUGGGCACAAAUUUCCACAGAAACACCCCAACAUUGUAUGAAAAGCAGUUAAUGCUGCAAAAGGGGGGCCAACUCCAUAUUAGAGUGCAUGUACUUGAAUACAAUGUCAUUACAGUCCCUGUUGGUGUGAUAGUCAUACAUUUGACAUACUUUUGUCCAUGUAGUUUAUGAUGCUUGUUCUGAAACUUGUGUGAAAAUUUCAGUAGGUUUAUGCAUGUGUGAAAAGGCUGUUAGCCGUUUUCACCUGUGUAUGGCGAAAAAUUUCCAGAAAGGUCUUGUGCACGUAUGCAAACCACAGGGGGAGGCUAUCCCUGUCGGACGGGAGAGGAUGAUCUCGGAAGGCAUGGAAGUGGGGUACCAAGCAACAGAGACAGGCCCUAUAAUGCUAUUUUUUACCUUUAUUCCACAUGUGUAUCUUAAAGAACAGAGAAUAUCAUACUGGUAAUUUGAAAAUAUCUUAGAGCAGUUUCAUUACAUGUGCACUAUGGUUGCCAGUCAAAAAGAUAUGAAAGUCACCUGCUCCUCCUAUUUGCUGAUGGUGGAUUUUCUUGACUGUUACCUGCUCCAUUUACACAUUGUCUCACCCAGUUCUUGCCUUAAUUUCAUUAAGGAGCUGGCUGGAAAAUGUCCAGAAAAAGUCAAGGAUUAAAAAGGAAGCUGUUUGCAUGAAUACAAGCAGCUCAUAGGAACAUCUCAAGAAAUUUUCAGUUCUGUUGUGCAUGUUUGAAACAGCUUUCACUGAUGUGGAUUCUCAUCUAAUGAAGUAAAACUGACCUUUAGCAGCUGUCUUGAUCAGAUGCUACAUUAGACAUACUCUAGAAAAAUGCUAAAUAAAAAUAGGAUCAACAAGUUUGAUUGUAACUAUCUGGGAACAUUUAAUGCAGACAUCCUCUAAAACUACCUUGUUUGCUUUUGUUGGGUUUCAUGACAUCUAUGGACAACAAAUGACUUAAAAAGAGCAUGAAAUCAAAUCUUUGAACACAACAGUUAAGUUUGGGUGAAGAAAUUCUCACUCAGUAGCAGGAAAACUGAGAGACGUUACAGACAGUUUGAUGGUUGAAGCUUUGUUGUGUUGCACUUUUUUACCCUGGUACUGGAAGUCUGGCAGGGUGUUCACGUCUAAUGAAUGUAUAAGGAAAGGAAGGAUCAUUUUGAGAGUAGACUAGAGACAUGCACGGGGGGAGAACAUGGGCAGAUGUCUACACAACACUUUGAAUGUUUGUCAAUUUGACAACUACGUAUUGUCUUUAAAAAUUUAGAAUUACUCUUUUGACAGCAUAGAGGAGGCAGGAGCUGUAAUAACCAGUUUUAAAUCUGCUGUUUACCUUCAUCACCUACACCUAAAUGUCUCUUCUUUUAGUAUUUUUUUUUUAAGGAUGUUAAAAUUACAGGGAAGGAAAUGAAGAGAAAGUGGAUAGAUUUUACUGGGCAGAGAGGUAAAAACGUUAUUGUAAAUGUUUCUGCAUAAGUUUUCAGUUGGGUUGUCUUGUUAAAUAAGGAAUGUGUUGGAGAGAAAGAAAGCAGCUCUUUGCUUUGUGUAGCCGUCCACAUCACAGAUAAAUCACAGCGCAACUACCUAAUUUUCAUCCUCAGCUGAGAUACCAAAGAGAAAAGUCACACCAAGAGACCAGUUUUUGUAAAAUGCAUCUUUUAAGAAGAGUAUAACAAAGAUUAAACUAAAAAUAGACAACAUACAAUAAAGGGACUAGUUUUGUUUCACUGUACAUAGUAGAAAAGUUCCUGUAGUUGUGAGACUGUAGGGGCCUUAAAUCCAUUUGGCAGAAGGAAAGAACAUGCCAUGAACAUAUACAGUUAAUUUUGUUUUACGGUUUACACCAGGGGGUCACAAAUGACCAGCACUGACUACCACUGGUUUACAUUAUUACAAUGAUACCUAAUAAAAGGUAAAGUUAGUUAUUGAUUUUGCUGUAUUUCAGUGCCUCAUGAGUUAUCUUUAACAAGUAGUGUGUUAACUGUUCAAAGUAUUGUUCAAGUAUGCCCGUUCUUCUCAUGUUUUUUUUUAUUAACAAUAAAUAACGUCUUGUAUAAGAAAUCAAAGCUUUUAGGCGCAAAAAUGUAAGUUAUUUUGUUUUGGUCGACAGAAUAUUUUGAUAGUGUGUGAAUAGAUAUUUGUCUCAGACAUGCAAAUACAUUGUUUGCAAUUUUUUUGUUUGCAGUUGUGCACCUUGUCAUUUUGUUGUUUCUUUUACAAAGCUUUUCUCUGCUUGUGUAUCACCUUUUUUCUGUUUCAGUUAUCCUUCUUCAUCCCCCACAUCCCAAGUUAUUUCUGUAUGUCCUCAUGAUAAGACCGUCCAUAUAGUAUCAGAACUCAUCCCAAGAUGAUCUGGCUGCAGACUUCAGUGGUAUGCCAUUUUUGGCUCAUCUGUUGCAGACGUUUACAAUGAAGGGACCUCAACUGGAGGGCAGGAAGUGACAUAGAUUACCCAUGCCCGAUCCAGAAGGAGGUAGUGAAUCGCGUAACCUGUCAGAGGUUACAGUAUUUGGCUAUUUUCAACAACAGCAAAAUUUUAUGAAUAAAAUUAAAAAAUUUACCGAGGGGGAUAUAUUGUAAUUUAACACACCACAAACUAAGGAAAACCCCAAGGGGAGUUAGGGCUAGGCACCAGAAUCCUAAAGAUUAGGGUAAAGGGGGGGCAGAGGGGGAUGAAAUUGAAAAUAACACUACAAACUAAGGAAAAACCCUACAAGGGUUAAUAUGCCACUUUCCACCCUAUGGUUGAGAUUAGAUUCUGGCUUGGGUAAUCUACAUCACUUCCUACCUUCUGAUUGAGGUCACCCCAUUGUAAACUUCUGCAACAGAUGAGCCCUGAACGCCCCACCACAGAGAUCUGCAGCCAAAUGUUUCUUGAACUCAGAGAUGCUCUUAAGCUCUUUGUAGACCAAGUUUUUUAAUGAAACAGAAAUGAUAUUUAAUGGUAUAACACCAAUUUCAGCCUGAAAAUGAUCUUUUCACAAGACCAAAGAACCAUUAUGAAAUGUAAGGACAUUUCAGAAGGCUGUAUGCGCAUCAGGACACCAAAAGACACAGAUAUGUAAUUUCAAGUCUCGUCUGCCUUAAAAAAUGUAUCUUGUUUCCCUCCGACGCCUCUAUAAAGCACUGACAAUGCAGUGCAAAAUUAGGUUAAACUGCCUUAAAUGUAUCUGUGCUGUAAUGGCUAUAGUAUCUCCUCGUGCACAGUAAAGUGGAGACACACAAUGCUAAGUCACUUUAAUUUUGACGGUCAUUUCUGCUUUUGGUCCUUGUUUUACUUAUCAUGACUCAGUUUACAUCUCCACGGGCACUCUGACGAUGCUCUGGAAUAAUCCCUUUGAGAAAAUAAGAUACUAAUAAUGUUUUUGAUUUGGUAGUUUGGCUGUUUUCUUAACAUUUCAUGUCAAAUUGAAGACCCACAUCACAAUCACCCUGUAUAAAAAGUAUUGAAAUAAAGCUUUCAGUUUUU